UACAUUUCUUAAACCAAGUGAGGAGGGUGGGUUGCAUUGGCAAGACCAUUCUCCCCUCCCUAAUUCCCUCUUUCCUCCCCAGUUUCCCCUCUCUUUCCUUCCCAGUUCCCCCCCUCUUUCCUUCCCAGUUUCCCCCCUCUCACGGAAUGUGGCUAUUUAUAUGAGCUUUCAGGCUUGAUAAUUCCAAUCAACCCAAAAAGCCUAACUAGCUACUCUUGACCCCAAAAAAAAAAAGAAAAAAAAAAGCUACGUAGCUAAAUGGCUGAACUUGCUGUUCCACUAGCAAUGGUCCUAGUUGAGAACCUCAUAAAACUCAACCUUCCAAGUCCAAUCAACGCAAAGGAAGACGUUGAAAGAGCCCAGAAAAUGUUGAGUUGGAUGAAAGCCUAUCUUGCAGAACACUCAUCAGACCAGAUUGAUGAAGGCCCCCGAGUGAUUCGAAUUCGUGCAAAAGAGAUCCAAGAUACAGUUUACGAUAUUGAGGACGCUCUUGGAAAGUUUGUGGCUAAGAUUCCACAUCACUUGCACAGCAAUAGAUUCUCUCGGAUGGCGCACAACGUUAAACAUUUCCCCCUUGUAUUGGAAGCAAGCAUAAAGUUAUCAAACAAGCUCAAAAAGAUUGAAAGAGGAAGCACUUUUGCUUCACUACCAGCACUAGAUUCACUUCUUGACCCACCAAUUCCCAACACAAGACCUGAAGAAACUUAUAAUAAUUUGGUUUAUCACCAAGUUGUUGAAGAAGAAGACACUGAGGGCUUUAAGGAGCGUAAAGAAAUACUCAUCCAACAGUUGGUGAAAGGAGAUGAUCCAAGUCCUUUGAAGAUUUUCAUCGUGGGUCCUGGAGGCUCUGGCAAAACCACUCUUGUAAACAUUGUUUAUGGGAGCGGAAGUGUGCAAGGAUUAUUUGAUUGUCAUGCUUUCGUUGAGGUUUCGCGCACCUCUGAUUGCCGAAAGCUCUUGCUAAGCAUGUUGAGCAAAUUUGAGGACCGACUGCAAGAACCAGUUGUACAUCAUCAUCAUCAUCAUCAUCAUCAUCAUCAUCAUUAUGACGGAAUAGAUCCGCGGGAAAAAUUGAGAAAACUUCUGAACCAAAAGAGGUAUGUGGUCGUUUUAGAUAAUGUUUGGAGCGACCAUGAUUUGGGAUGCAUUGUAACUGCUCUACCAAAAGGUUUGCCCGGAAGCAAAAUAAUCAUAACUACUCGAGACUCUAAUUUAGCUUCUCUGCAUGCAAAUUCUGCCGAGUAUAUUCAUGAUUUGAGUAGAGUGUUAUCAUGGAAAGAUGUCACCAAGCUGUUCUGCAAGAAGGCAUUUCAAGGAAAUAAAGGCGAAUGUCCAGAGGAGCUUAAAGCUUGGGCAAUUAAAAUCCUCCAGAAAUGUGAAUACUUGCCCCUUGCAGUUUCAGCUGUAGCUACUUUGCUAUCCAAGAAGCCACAAACUCCGUUCGAGUGGGAGAAGUUCCAUAAUAGCCUUGUUUCCAAUCUUCCGAUUAUUGAACAAGUUUGGGAUCCAAGUUACAGGGACCUUCCAAUCGAUGUACAAAGUUGUUUCUUGUACUUCAGCAUGUUUCCCGAAGACUACUCCAUCAAGCGUGAGAGGCUUAUUCGUUUGUGGGUAGCUGAAGGAUUUGUGACCCCGAGAAGCAGAAAAACAAUGGAGGACGUUGCAGAUGAUUGUCUGAAUGAACUCAUUGGAAGAAAUUUGGUUGACGUGAAUUCAACAGAGAUUGAUGGGAAAGUAAGGACUUGUCGAGUUACGAGCCUUGUUCGCGAGUUCGUCAUUUCAAAAGCAGAGAAUUUUCGACGCCUUUCUGCACAUUAUGCUCCUAUCAACAAUUCGUCAAGAGGGUGUAGAGACUUGAAUCGAACACGUACCUUACUAGUGUUUGGCUCUACCCAGCCGACAGUGCUUUCCUCUGACGAGCUUGGAAAUGUACUUAAAACCCUUAAAUAUUUAAGGGUUUUAGAUUUUAAAGGUGUUCCUUUGGAGGACUUUCCCAAAUCUAUUCUUGGCCUCUCUCUCUUAAAGUACAUAAGUAUGAGGAAAACCAAAAUCAAAUCAGUUCCAAGUUCUAUAAAGAAGCUUUCACAGCUGGAAACGUUAGAUCUUAAACGAACCCAGGUGACCGAAUUACCAAAAGAAAUCUAUGAGCUCCACAAUAUGCGCCAUCUUUUGGUCAGUCGCGGCUGUGAUCAAGAUGAUGAUGGACCUGCCCAAGGAGUGGAGGUGGUUUCCUCAGGCAACAUCGGAGCUUUACCCGAAUUACAGAAGCUGUCACUAAUUAAGGUGGGAAACAAAAGAACAAUCCUAAAAUACUUAGCAGAGUUAACUGGUCUUAGAAAGUUGGGGCUGACAGAUGUCAUAGCAGAACAUGCAACAGAGUUGUGCUGCGCGGUUGAGAAAAUGGUGCGCCUUUCGACGCUUGAAGUGAGAUCAACAAACGAGGAUGAGUAUCUUGAUUUGGAUCAUAUUAGAUCCCCUCCUAGCUCUCUGCAACGACUCUGUUUGGCAGGGCGCCUCAUAAGUUUACCGCAGUGGUUUCCUCAACUUGAAAGUGUUGUGAAGAUUAGCUUGAAGCGAUCAAAACUGGAUCCUGAUGCCAACCCACUUGAGGCCCUUCAAGCUUUGCCUAAUCUAAUGGAGCUCAAUUUGGUUGACUAUUAUACCGGGGAGAAGUUAGAAUUUCAAGUGGAAACGUUCCAGAAGCUAAAGAUAUUACGCAUCCAACAACUUGAUCAACUAAAUUUGAUGAUAGUCGAGAAUGGGGCAAUGCAUGUGCUUAAGAAGCUAACCAUAUCCAAAUGUAAGAAUCUGACGUUACUUCCAGUUGGCAUAGAGGGUCUUACGAAACUCGAGGAACUCUGUGUCCAUGAAAUGCAUACUGCAUUCACGGCUCAGCUCCGAAGGGAUACUGAAGCAUUUCAAGCUGUUCAGCAUAUUCCAGUCAUCCGUUCUUCCACCGGAAUAUUCCGAAGUCUUUCUGGUAUGUAGUGGCAUGUUUAUGUAGAAUAAGAUGUGUGGGGUAAUUCAACUGAGCUAUAUGUAUUUGAUAGUUGUAUCGUCUUUGUUCUUUUGGGUGGAUGCCUCCUUAGCUGGGUUUACUUCUGGAAAAAGAUAGGGAGUUGGGUAGUUUUUUUGCCUUUUUUUGUUUUUUGUUUUGUUUUUGUCUUUGUGCUUUUAGGAGAUGCAGUGAUACUCUUUUUCCUUGACCGGAUUUUCCUCAUUUUGAGGUUUUUUAAGGCAAGGUUUUAAUGAGGUCACGUUUAUAUGCUCUCCGACUUUUACAGUUGCUCCAAUGUUUGUUUUUAAAGUUGAAUGAAGUUGUUCUCUUAUGAACA